AUGAAAAGACUGCCGAUAAGGAGCCUCCGGGUGAGGUUCGUUCAGUACGCUGCCAGAAGGGUACAUCUAACGAAGUGCACUUUUUCUAGCAGCAGGAAUUACGAGCCGUUCGCAAAGCGGAAAGAUGAAGGUGAUACAUUUGGUGCCGAACAGGUCAACCCCGCAAGUGAUAAGGCCGCAUUUGACAACGUCGACUUUGACAAGGUCGACUUUGACGAUAACGUCCCAUUUGACAAGGUCGAAUAUGACGACAACGUCUCCACGGGCCUCACCUUCGACAUCAGCGUGGAUGAAGAGAAGUGGAGGGACCAGGAGGAAAUGGAAUACCAAAGGUUUAUGAGCAGCGUGGGGAGCGCACAUGGGAGGGGAAACGACGAUGCGCACGUACAAGGAAGCGAAAGCGACGAUACGCUCACACACUCCAUUGAAAGUGCCGCCGUCGGGGGGGAGACCGAUUUGGAGCUCCUGAAAGGGCUGCUUCAAAAGGGAGAAAAAGACUCCAAGUUUGCACCCGACGCGGUGACCCUGGUGAACAAAAAUAAAAACAUCCUUCUCCACUUGGAAGAGAGACACGCAAAUAGCUUCUUCAACCAAGUGGGUGAUAACAUCGAGCACAUAGACAGGCAUAGUCUGAUCGAUCUGAUAGGAGGACUAAGCAAGCUAAACAUGAAAAAUAGGAUCCGUGAUUUGUGUUACGAGAUUGUCAAGAUGAUAAGAGGAGGGGAGGGGAGAUCCACGGAUCAACAGGAGAAGCAACUGGAAACGAAACUCUGCCUGCAUUGCGUAACCGUGUUAAAUAGGCACUCUCUUUAUUUCUCCGAGUUCUACGAUUAUAUGGCUUCCAAACUGGGGCACCUCGACACAGAUGCAUUGGUGUGCUUUGCAGAGGAGUGUUACAAGCACAGCCUCAGAACGAAGCAUUAUCUGGACAGACUGGUUCCCCUCUGUGUGGCCAAAAUGGGAGAGUUCAGCCUGGACCAGCUGAAGAGUCUGUUCCACUCCUUCCAUCGGUUCUGCAAGGAGUAUUGCACCUUCUAUGAUCGCGCUGUGGAUCAACUCCUUAGCGAUGACCCCCACUUCGACUUACCCUUCUGCCAACUUGCACUGAAGGUCGCCACGAAUUUUAGACACUCCGAGAGGUACGUCAGUUUGAUUAAUUUGGUGAGCUCCCAUGUGAGUUCGCAGGUGAGGCGGCUGGGCAGUGAGGAGGUGAAGCGAUUAGACCGUGAGGAGGUGCAUUCGCCCGGGUCGCCGCUGACCUCUCCACUCAUGAAGCACACCGCCUCGCCAGGGAAGCAACAAAUUGGUCUCUCCAACGUGGACGCUGGUAUGAUGCCAACUUUGGAAGACACAAACGGAAAUAACAACAUGAAGAAGUUGGACAGAUCAGAUAGACCACCACAUGACAUGUCAAAAAAGGAGGAAGCGUUCUGCCAAAUUGUAGAGUGCUUGAAAUGCCUCAAGUGUUUGGAAUAUAGUAGAAAAAACGGAGAGCAGGUAAAAGAAGCAGUGAACGACAUCUUCGAGUUGCUACAAAGGAACACUCAGCUGAUUGGCCUCUUACCCGUAGAAGACGUGGUGCACGCAAUAAGCUGCUUCUCCUCGUACAACAAACGAAUCGUAUUGUAUAACAAUCUCCUAGAUGUGCUGUGUGAGAGGUCCAAUGAUCUUCUUCAUGCGAAGAAUAUCUCCCUAUGGAUACACCCCAUUAUAAGUUUGGCCAAAAUAUCUUGGUUCCACGCAAACUACUUACGUAACGUCUUUGACUAUGUGAAGGAUAUGUACGUGCUCAGUCGAUUGAGUGUUUUUCAAAUCUUGAAGCUUUUAUCUUCCAUCGUCAAAAUGAAUGUGUAUGAUGAGGAGGUGUACAAAGUGCUAAUAGAGCAGGUGUACAAAGAAUGGGACAUAAUAAAAGGAAAAAUGAUUGACGUUGCCACCUUUUUGUGGUCAUGUGCUUACGUGAAUAUCAUUUUUAAGCCCCUCUUCGAUAGCUCGUACACGUUACUGCUUGACACAUUAGGGAAAGAAGAAUACAUCAGAUCAGACAAUCAUAUGAUGAGUAAUAGGAACUGCCUUGUGAACAUUACCUGGUCGUACAUUGUGGCGAACUAUCACAAAGAUAGUGAAUCCUUUCAUCACAUUUUAAAUGCCACCUUUCGGGAGAGAGACCCAGAAGACUCGCAAGCUUUCAAGAGACUCCAUCAAAUUGCAGAUGCGUGUUUUAGCGAGAUACCUCACUGUUUAGUCAACGUCGAUGCGCUGGAUUGUAUGUACAAAUACUGCAUGCAUGAAAAGUGCAAAACGCUGAGGAACGAUUUUAGCGUCUACAAAAAGGAGAAGGAUGCCUUAAAAAUGAGGAACAAAAUAAUAAGUGAACUAACACACAUGUUAAAAUGUUUUGAAGUCUCCUAUGAGCUCCACUUUGAACCUUAUCAGAACUCUCCCUACAUGAUUGAUAUCCUUCUCAAUGAGGGAAUGAAGAUAGGCAUUUGUGUCUUUGGGAAGGAACACCUCAUGCGCACUCUAGAGAAGGGUAGCUGGGAUCACAUGAACAGCGGCUUCGUCACGCUACAGAUGCGCGUCCUCCAUGCACACGGCUGGCAGAUCAUCCCCAUCAACGGCGGCCAGUGGCUUCAGAUGAACUCCGAGCAGAAGAAGGCCCUCCUGCGCGAAAACUUCCAGCGCUAUUCGGUGAUGAUAUGA